CCCCGGAACGCAUCACGUGCGAUGUCUAGCUAGCGUGCGGUUUCGCGUCUGGAUGCCCCACCUUCCUUCCCACUUCGAACGUGCAUUGCAUCGCACAACGUACUUCACUCAUGAAACCUUCACCCACCACGGCCGAUCAUGGCAACGAACGCUCAGCUAUCAACUCACCUUCACACCCUCCUCCCAACGCUCUCCCCGCUUCCUGCUCCGCUGCUUGAGCUCGCGACCUCUCUCCUCGCCCAAUCACGGACCCGCGCUUCCAGUCUGAAAGCCGAAGAAGAGAUCGCUCGUGCCUUCGCAUGCUGUCACAUCGCAUGUGAGCGACUAGGCAAGAAAUUAGGCUUGGAGCUGGAGCAGAGGAACAUCCUGCCACCGUGUAAACCCAAGGUCUACACGAGGCUGAAGACGUUUUUGGGGACUGUACUUCGAACACUCACGACCCCGAGGACACCAGGUGGGAGGCAGGUGACGCGGUCAGGUGCGGAAGCCGUUCCGUCACCGUCGAAGGUUGUUACAUCGAGUAAGCUGGAAACAACUGUGACGCCUGUGUCGAGAAGGAGCACGAGACAACGCGUCGUGUCGGCGAAGCAGCCAAAUGUCGGGCAGGUCGCGGAACCUGUUGUAGUAGAGGAACUGGCUACGACAGCAGCACCGCAGCAAGAGAAGUAUCCUCACGCGGUCGGCGACAUUCAUGACACGAAUGGGGACGAAGACCAGGAACAAUCGCCUGUCAAGCGACCCUCAAAAACGCCACUACGGCGGAAGGAGAAGCACGGAGGGCGUGACGACAGUGACGGGAACCUAGGUCCUGCUGGCUUGCUGCCAGGUCUUGGUACGAUGUUCCAACCUGCUGUCGACUGGCUCAGUGAUGAGCGAAGGGCAAACUAUGCCGAAUGGGAGAAGGAGAUGCGGUGUGCUAUCGAGGCGGCAGGCUGAUCUGGAUGGCUGCGAACUGCUUGGCAGGUCAUUGCGCAGUCAUCAUUGCUAUCAGUGUGAAACCUUGAAUGAUACAAGGCCGGCAAUGGCCGUCCGAGCUGGCAAUGGCCGCGAAGCGUACAAUGCUGCGGGAACCCACAGUCCGCUACGACCUUCUUCCGAGUGAACCACACAUCAUAUCUUCUGCUAUGGGGUCACCACUGCCUUCUCGACAUCUGUCGGCGACCAGCUACGAUCCGGAGAUCAAGUCUGCAUUCAUGUCCGUUGUCGCUCGCGCGCAUCGAUGUUACACACUGCUUGCAGAUUCCACAGAGGUUUACCACCUGCGCUCGGGUUUUAACGCUCGUUCCAGCUUGCGGAUCGCAUAUCACCUCGUCCCGCGAAUGCAGCACUUCAAGACGAAGUCUCGGCGGUAACUUUGGCAAUCGUCAUCCUCGUUCUUCGAAUUUU